CUUCAGACUCGUUCCACUCGUUUAUUCAAGAGGACGAAACGUCGUGUAUCGCAAUUCGCAGGUCAUCAUGGCACAAAAGAAUAGGCGCCGCCACAAUGCACCGAAACGACGCUUCAAGACGAAUUUUGUUGAUUCACCUGGGCAGGUUGCCCCCGACUUUUUUUCAAAGGAAUCAAAAAAAAAAAUCAGAAAAUUUUCAUCAGGGAAGAAGCAUACAGGAGCAAACCCCCACGGCUUCUACCCUGAGUCACUUAACGGUCAAAGUGUUGGCGCCUGCGAUAGAGCUAAUUGCAGACCUGAUGGAGGCAGAGGGGGCUCCAACUUCGGCAACGGUGGGGAUGGCGAAGACCCGCGUCGACCAAAUCACCCUGGCCUGACGCUAUCAACUCGACGUCAUUAUUUGAUCUUGUUUCUCAUCCUGCUGAUCCUUAUUUGCGUCCUAAUCUUCAGCACUGCUUGGGCAUUAUGAUAAAAUGAUGAGAUUGAUGAGCAAACGGGUUUAUCCUUGUUGAAACUUAACAUUUUAAACUCAGAACACACCAUAUGCAUAUUUUUGUAAAUCAAAACAUUUUUUUUUUUUUAUACAUACCUAUUAUUGCCAACACAAAUACAUUGGCAUUUAUAAUUUUAAAUUUUAUAAAUAUCUAAAAUGAUUAAAAUUUUGUACAACAGCUACACAUUUUAGAUGCGUGCAAUUCAUUAAAUUUUAUUUUUAUUCAUUGCAAAUUUGAACUUUUCCAAACUAUUAUUGAAGGAAUUUUGCGAUUUUGCGGACCAAAAUUUAAAAAUAAAUGAUAAUUUAAUGGUGAGUGUUUAGAGCUAAUUUUGAGCUUUUGCUGAUUUUGUAUUUAAAUUAAAUAAAUCCUUUUCAUUAUUGCAAUAACUAGACCCAGUGAAGGAAAUUAAGGAAAGGUUAUAAAUAGAAAAAAAAAAUUCAAGAAGAAUUUUAUUUGGCGUAUUUGGCUCACUGUAAAAUUUUUAAAUAAACAAUAUCCAAGUUUGAAUGAACUGCGACAACUGCAUUUUAUUUUUAGUCUUUAAUAAG